GACACAGGCUGCCAAGUUUUCUCUGCCUUCCUUCCUGUCGCCCAAGUCCAGUUGCUCCGGCCACCCCGUCCUACCUGGAGUCGUUCCAACCCCCGUUACGGGAUCCCCGUUUUGGAUCCCUGGAAGGAGGGGGGGGGAGGGUGCCUUGGGGGCCUGUUCCACACGCCUCUCCGUGACGUCAGCACAGAAAACCCAGCCCGGAGCCGCGCGGAGUUUCCAACCUGCGCUGGUGCCAAGCAAACAGCAGCGGUGGAGCAAGCAGAGAGAGGCAGAUCCAAGCAAGAAGGCUGCACGCCGCACCGGCUCAAGGCGACAGUGACCCGUCGGGGUGCCCUCGGAGCGCCCCGAGGACGCCCAGCUCUUGGCGGCGGUACCAUGCCGGAUGCCGCGCGGAGCGUACUGGCGCUGCUGGCGCUGACGGUCGUUUGCGAGUGGCCCAUCCCGGCGGUGGCAGGAGAACCUGAUACAACCAAAGCUUGUAAAAUGGAAUGCCCCAAAUUUUCAGAGAAUAAAUAUCCUUCGAGUAUACUACAGAGCUAUACAGUUAGCACCUGCAGAGCCAAGACAUCGAUCAUACUGACAACAAAGAAAAAUAGAAAUAUUUGUGCCAACCCAAACCAUGACUGGGUAAAGAAAGCUAUGCAGAACAUAGAUGCAAGGACUAGGUACAACACCACCACAAAAAAACUCCCUGUAACUAACAGACAUUCAGGAGAAGCUAAGCUGGAGGUUGAGGGCCACGCUCAGCCCACAAAAAAAGUUAGCACAACCUCCCACAAGAGAGUAACACUCCCUGUGAGAACCACAGCAGAUCCCCAACCUUUUGUGGAAAGUGGGUUGUCUGGCGUGGAGGCCACCACAUCUUCUGCAUCGUUGACUCCUCAACCAGAAACCAUUGCUGAUAAAUCCACCCUUCAGCCUGACUCGAUUGUAAAUCACGAAAUUGAGUCAGAAACCUUUGAGGGGCACAAAAGAUCGGGGGACCAUGUCACAUCAACGAAGAAAGGCCUGGAGGAUUUCGCUAGAACAACCCAACGAUUGGUGUCACCUCCUAUGCCUUUUCCAGGAACUGACAAAACAAGUACCAAAAGUCCUGCACUUGUUUCAGAAACUCUUGCUAAUUCUUCAACCCGUCCUCCCAUGAACUCUUCCAUCAGCAAGCUUCUCCUGGAAUUUGUCACAAAAGAUAAGACAUCGAUGACGAUACCCACCAAGCUUUCCAACUCUUCUGAUCAACACCGUUUGUUUUUAAGCAGCUCCAGCGCAAACCAUAAACCACAGUCAGUUGAGGGUUCCACAGCUCAACUUCCUACUGACUCUAGUAGUCCAUCAAACAGACAGUCCAGCUCUGAUAGAAACAGCCUCAAUUCUGUCCAGUUUCAAGGUGUGAUUGAUGCAGAAAGUGAAGGAGACACCACAGAAACACUUUCAUCUAUUGGAACUGGUAGAACUUUCUCCAAACCUUCCGACACUCUCCAAAUUUCAGGUUAUCACCAAGAAACUUUUAUUGUGAGUACUUCAGCAUCCAUCUCAAACACCCCACCAACAACUCUAGAUUGUAAUCCCCAUUCCCAAUCCAUGGUACAAAAUUACAUUAUCCCUGUGCUUUCUAUUGGGGGUAUUCUCUGUGUCCUCUUGGCACUUGGUGGCUUAGUCUACGCUAAACGUAACAUGUGUACCAAACGGUCACCCAAGAGGCAGAUUCAAGGCCUGAUGUACUACCCAUGUGACUCCCAAGCUGAGUCAUAUCCCAUGGAAAUUGUUUGACCUUUCCAUCUUUUUUGAUUGGCAAAAAUCCAUCUUGUUUUACAAGAGGGAUGGACUGGGUUAGUAGUGCAACUGAUGGGGAGUCCUGUCUGGUCUCCCUCUUCUUCUCUGCCAAGGUCAAGAGGGAUUGCAAGCUGUUGGUCAGAGGAUGCACUAAAGCAUAGCAACCCCCUUAUUGGUCUUACUAGAUGUUGUAGCCCAUUGGGCUAUGGAUCAAGGACAGAGUCUUCAACAUGGGAGGCGGGCCUCCAUACCAAAGCAAGGACUUUCAUUGGAAGAAAAGAGAACUAUUCCUUCCUAGGCAGAAUGUGCCCAGGUGCCAAUAGGUUGUCGGUACGGUUUGAUUGUAAUUGAUGUUUGCAGUGUUGAGAUGAGCCAUAAGGAUGGGCAGGGCUGGCCCAGAACAUCUACCUGUUUGAGAUGAAAGAGAUGCCUACUACCUAUGGUGGUAUUCAGCUGGUUCUAUCCGGUUCAGAUGAACCGGUGGUGGUGGCUGCGGGAGGCUCCACCCACCCACCCGGAUGUCAUCACAUCCCAUUUUUGACACUCUGUGCAUGUGCAGAAGGUCCUGCGCAUGUGUGGAGGUGGAGCAUGCUCACAUUAAUGGACUGGCAGUGAAGGUAAGUGAAUACCACCUCUGCCUACUAUCCUACUUUUCUAGAUUUACCUUGGAGCAGGUGGUUGAACUUUCUUCCUUGCUGGUGAUAAAAGAGCACAAAUCCAGGGGUUGUGCCCUGCAGCAUCCCCCAGACCCCAACACCUGUCUUCCUUAGUCCUCUUGGGAGGUGCUAAGUCUUUGGUUGGUCUUUGGUAAUCCAGCAAGAGUCUUUCAGAUCAUGACGUCAUCAAUUGAUAGCAUAUCCUGUGGGUACUCAGGGGCGGGGGCAAGGCACCCCGACCUCUUCUGCAUAGAAAAGAUCCUGUCAGGGCUGGGAAGGAAGUGAAAGUUGUUACAUCAAAAUUGCCAUUAGGAAAAAAAAAAGAACAGAAAAAGCUAUUUCACUUUUCUCAAAAUGCACUUUUGGUAUUUUAAACCCUGCGGGUUUGGGAAAUCUGCUUUAGAUCAGAUCUGCUUUAUAUUAUCUUUUAAAAACAAUAAAAUAAAUAAAAAAACAAUAAAAUAAAUCAGGGUUGUUUUACAUUCUCUUCCCAACUAUAAAAUAAAUCAGAACUGUUUUUUAUAUGAUAUUUAAAAACAAUAAAAGAGACAAUCAGA